GGGGACACAGGAGGAUGGAGGAGAGCCGGUGAUGUCAGAGUCAUUAGCAUAUUUCUGACUAUAUCAGAUGCUUGCGCAAAGACGCGCCACUACUGCUGCAACGCACUGACCAGAGACCUUCCAGACAUCCCGUCAGCCAACGCUCCGACUCUCUGCAACCAUGAGUGACAAGCCUGAUAUCUCAGAGGUGACCAGCUUCGACAAGACCAAGCUGAAGAAGACAGAGACGCAGGAGAAGAAUCCCCUGCCUUCAAAAGAAACCAUUGAACAGGAGAAGGCAGCGGCGACGUCGUGAAGCCCCUCCCUCCCGUCAUGCACUGUACACCCCCCCCUCCUCCCGCAUUGCCUUGUUUUCAGUCACUUCUUUUAGCUGUAUAACUUUGUAACCGAAAUUAUGAAACGACAAACAUAACCAACCUGCACAGCCUGUGGACGGAUGACGCCUUUCGUCAGGGCAACCGGGCGGCCCCCGUCCCCCGUCCCCUCCCUUCCAUCAGCAAACACCACCUUCACCACCUUCACGCUUGUCUUUCUGUCGGGAGAUGAGGAAGAUUUGCCUAGAGACGGAAGCAGGGGAGGAGGAGCAGGGGACUGCAGAAGACAGUCCUCAAGGUGCACGCCUCUUCUUUAACACCUUCACCACCAAAAUCGACGUGCAACGGAGAGGCCCGAGGGACGGGGCGUGGCCUCUGUCCCAGGAAGCUCAUCAUCGUCUCCCCAAAACCACCAACACCCAACUUCCUGUGUGGCUGCUUUUGCGCCAAAGCUGAGGCGUCAAGCUUAUUAUUUUUCGUUUUUAUUGUUUUUUCGUCUUCUAAUUUUCGGAAAAUGCACAACUUUGUUUGUACGCUGGCCAAAAUGUAAAUGCCCCAAAAAUUGAUACUGUUGUCUGUCACAAUGUUUUUUUCUUUUGUAUGUACACGAGGAUUAAAAAAAAAGUGUAACGGAUUCCACCUUGAUCUGGGAGAUACUCAAAUGGACCUUUAUUUACGGUUUAAUUGUAACAUACUUUGGCUUUUUGUCAGAGUUAUUCGGGAUAGCUUUUGUGUUGCAAUCUGUCUCUGAAUUGUCUCAAAUGAGGAAAAACAAAAAAAAAUACUGGCAAUUGAUUCCAUGUGUUUGCUUUCAACCGUAGAUCAAAAUUCUUUGGAGUUUUGUAAAGUCCCAGCAGUCAUAUUACUCUGCCACAAACCAUUACCAGAAAUGGAAAACCGUGAAAUGUUGUAAUAAAAAAGAAUUUGUUACUAAAGAA